AUGCGGGUGCACCUGGGCAUGCUGGCGGGCGCGGCGGCGCUGGCCGGGGCGCUCAGCUUCGUGCUCCUGGCGGCCGCCAUCGGCACGGACUUCUGGUACAUCAUUGACACCGAGCGGCUGGAGCGGGGCGGCCCGGGGGCGCGGGGCCGGGCGGGGGCCGCCAACCGCAGCCAGCUCGAACCCCUCAGCUCGCACUCCGGCCUCUGGCGCACCUGCCGCGUCCAGAGCCCGUGUGUGCCGCUGAUGAACCCCUUCUGGCAGGAGAACGUGACCGUCAGCGACUCCAGCCGGCAACUUCUCACCAUGCACGGGACGUUUGUGAUUCUGCUGCCGCUCAGCCUGAUCCUGAUGGUUUUUGGGGGGAUGACGGGGUUUCUGAGCUUCCUCCUCCGAGUCUCUGUUCUCCUCCUGCUCACAGGGACCCUCUUCUUCUUUGGAGCCUUGGUGACCCUGGCAGGAAUCAGCGUCUACAUCGCGUACUCAGCUGCCGCCUUCCGGGAGGCGCUGUGUCUCCUGGAGGAGAAAGCCCUCCUGGACCAGGUGGACAUCCGCUUCGGCUGGUCUCUGGCCCUGGGCUGGAUCAGCUUCGUCGCCGAGCUGCUCACCGGGGCGGCCUUCGUGGCGGCGGCCCGCGUGCUCAGCCUGAGACAGAGGCAGAACCAGGCCAUCUGAGCCACACACCUGGGCCCGUGGGAGGCGGGGGGGCCCUGGGACCUGUCCCGUGGGCUGCGGCCUCCUCUUCCUCGGAGGCCCCUAGCAGUGGCGGCCCCUGGGGGUCCAACCCAAGAACCGCUGUGGACUGAGCCCCGGGCCUGGCUCUCACCAUCGUGCCGUCCGUGCUGCCUGGUGUGGUGUGUCCAUGUGUCCGUGCCCAUGUGUGUCUGUGUGGGCUGGAGGAGCCUGCGGGAAUGCGGACCCCACCUCACCUGAGAUGACCAAACAGCCCCUUUAUCAUAACCAGAACUGUCUGGAUUGCAGCCCCCUUGGGAGGGCUGGCUUCAUUUCGGUCCUUGCUCCCACUCAUGGUUCAGCUGCCCCGCUCUUUGUUAAGGACAAGGAAGACCAGAGAGGUUAGGCAAGCUGUAAAAAGGCGCACAGCGAGCUGGUGGUAUCGUCCUUGCUCCAGGGACAGUGCUCAGUCCGUUACCAGAGCUUCCCUGAGGGGCUCAGCUCUGUGGGGGGUGGCUUGCACCUCGGACACUGGUGCUUAGGCUUCAUGUGACCUGGAGCCCCUGCAUGGGGCGCAGUGUGACAUGGGUGGGGGGCCGAGAGCAGAAAUCUGGGCUACUGACCAGCUGGGCGGUGCGAAUGUCCCCCAGCCUCAGCUGGGUGCUUGCCCGGCCUGGCCACGGUCCCCAAGCGCCACAGGCCGGGCUUCCUCGGAGCGGUGACUUGGUGAUCAGGGGUCGUCCUGGAUGCGGGGGCCCCUCUGAGCUGCCCAUCCACCUGGGGGGGCGGUGCUGCUCCCCUUCACGUGUCACUUUCGAGACCCCGGGGAGACCCCGGGCCAGCUCACAGCCUGAGGAAGAGCAGUCAGGUGCACAAGGAAGAAUGACCAGCAGGCUCACCCCGAGAAGGAAGCACCGUCCGCAGACUCACAACUGGGAGGGAAGCACGUCCUCAAACACCCAGUGAUCACCCCCGGACCUACUGUGGGACCCAAGCACCACCUGUCACCCCGAGUCACCUCAUGCCAUGUGAUGGUGUUGACUGAGCCUGCUUCCCUGGCCUGAAGUCCGAGACCGGUGGGAUUCAGAUGUGCUGGGAAAGGAUGAACAGGGUGGUCUGUGGGUCCCCCUGGAGCCCUGGAGGAAGGCCGACACCCACAGACGUCAGCUGGUUCUCAACACUCACUAGAAUUUAAAAAAUGUGCCCGGGGCCACAUUAGGCCAGCAGAAUCACAGUCUGGGGGGGUGGGGGCCGCUAAGCAUUGCGAGUGGCCGCCACCGUUUGGUUUAUCCCAGGGCACU